AUGAAUGAGUACAAUAUAGAAAUCGAUUUAGAAGUUUGUGCAAUUUACAAAAAUCUUGAAUCCUUUUUAGUUUAUUUCGAUCAAACUAAUGAUAUAAACAAAUGCUUUGUUUAUUCAGUGAUUUUUAAUAUUUCAUCCCUUAUCCAAUACUUCCUUUCACAUGGUGCGAGUAUCAAUGAAAAAAAUAAAGAUGGAUAUACCGCUCUUCACAUUGCCACAGAUAAUAAUUAUAAAGAAAUUGUCAAACUCCUUAUUUCACAUGGUGCAAAUAUCGAUGAAAAAACUAAUAAUAGAGAAACUGCUCUUCAUGUUGCAGCACGUUUUUAUAAAAAAGAAACUAUCAAACUUCUUACUUCAUACAUGAAUAAAUACUCAUAUAGAAGAUUAAUAAUAUCUUCGUUCUUAAUCUGGAGUGUGACAUCUUUAGAUGUGUGUCCUACGCUUUCAACACCACUCAAAUCGAUGUCUCCAUGA